ACGCCCCGUCCCCCCGUCCUUUCUCUCGCCCAGCUUACACGUAUGCCUUUCUUUCCUUCUUCUCUUUUCCUCCCUCCCUUUUUCUUUCCGCAUUGUAUCUUUUCGCUCUUCUUUGUCAUACAUCCACAGCCUUCUCCUAGUUACAAUCGCUUCCCACUUCCCACCUCUAUAUCACGGGGCUGAUCUCCCUCUCUCACUCUAGUUACAGAUGCCUUUUAUUUCGGAAAUCCAGCAUUUUCUCUCACGGAGAUGCCUAUUAUUUGGGAAAGAACGCCUGAAGUGCAGCGGCGUGGGCGAAGACGCAGGCGACAUCUCCAUCUCCAGCUGCAGCAGCAUGGCGACUGGUGAAUGCUAUGCGUGCACCCAGCAGGGCACCCCAGCCUUCCACUCCGUCAGCUGCCUCCACAGCUCCCACUCCCUCCUAUGGGAGGCCAACGCCGGCUCCUCCCUCGCCCCGGUUCACCGUCCAGAGGCCACCGUCAUCACGACCUCCGACGAGCCCCGCCAUGAUCCUCCGAGUGAUCGUUCGCCCCGGAGGGCUGGCUGGGCCCGGCUGCUGGGCCGGCCGCUGGACCCCCGGAGCCGGGCAGUGCAGAGGCGGAACCGGACGCUCCUGCUGCUGCGGGCGACAGCGGUGGCGCUGGACCCGCUCUUCUUCUACGCAAUUUCGGUGGGGAGGGGACAUGCGGGGUGCCUGUACCUGGACGGGGGGCUGGCGGCGGUGGUGACGGCGCUGCGGACCUGCGCCGACGCGACGCAUGUGGCGAGCCACAUGUGGAUGCAGCUCAGGCUGGCGUAUGUGUCGAAGGAGAGCAUGGUGGUGGGCUGCGGGAAGCUGGUGUGGGACCCAAGGGCUAUCGCCUCCCACUACCUCCGCUCCGCAAGGGGAUUUUGGCUUGACCUCUUCGUCGUCCUCCCCCUCCCCCAGAUUGUGAUGUGGUUGGUUGUGCCAAAGCUGAUCAGGGAGGGAGAGAUGAAGUCCACCAUGACCAUCCUCCUGCUCACCUUCUUGUUCCAGUUCCUUCCCAAAGUCUACCACAGCGUCGUCCUCAUGAGAAGGAUGCAGAAGGUGACCGGCUACGUCUUCGGCACCAUCUGGUGGGGCUUCGGCCUCAACCUCAUCGCUUAUUUCAUCGCUUCUCAUGUGGCUGGUGGAUGUUGGUACAUUCUUGCCAUCCAACGUGUCGCGUCAUGCUUACAUCAAGAGUGUCAGCAGAACAACACAUGUCAUGUGCGGCCGCUGGCGUGCUCCAAAGACAUUUGCUACAAGUUGACGGACACAUUGACACUUCUGGAGUUCCCGUGCUUCGACAAUCAGACUGUAGCGGUCAGGAAACUUCCGGCAUGUCUCGACCCCAGUGGUCCAUUUCGUUAUGGCAUUUAUAGAACCGCGUUGCCGGUCAUCACAAGUGGUUCUUUGGCAGUUAAGAUCCUUUAUCCAAUCUUUUGGGGACUCAUGGCUCUAAGCACCUUCGGCAAUGACCUGGAGCCUACAAGCCAAUGGUUGGAAGUCAUCUUCAGCAUAACUAUAGUGCUUAGUGGUCUGCUUCUCUUCACAUUGCUCAUAGGGAAUAUUCAGGUCUUUUUGCAAUCAGUGAUGGCAAGAAAAAGGAUGAUGCAGCUACGCAGUCGCGAUAUGGAGUGGUGGAUGCGACGACGACAAUUGCCUUCAAAGCUGAGGCAGAGAGUCCGGCACUAUGAGCACCAACGGUGGGCAACCAUGAGAGGUGAGGAUGAGAUGGAGUUGAUCAAGGACUUGCCUCAGGGUUUGAGGCGAGACAUCAAACGCCACUUAUGCCUGGACCUCAUGAAACAGGUUCCAUUGUUCUUCAAUCUUGAUGAUCUAAUCCUGGACAACAUAUGUGACAGAAUAAAACCGCUUGUGUUCUCCAAGGAUGAGAAGAUUAUUCGUGAGGGAGACCCAGUGCAGCGCAUGGUAUUCAUUGUACAAGGACAUCUUGAAAGCGUUCAGAGCUUGAGCAAAGGGAUGCUUGGUACAUGUAAGCUAGGUCCAGGCAACUUUCUUGGUGAUGAGCUGCUGUCUUGGUGUCUCAGGCGCCCUUUUGUGGAGCGACUGCCUCCUUCCUCUGCCACUUUCAUCAGCCUCGAGCCAACUGAGGCCUUUGGGCUCGACGCUGCUGAUCUCAAGUACAUCACUGAGCACUUCAGAUACAAGUUUGCCAAUGAAAGGCUCAAAAGAACUGCAAGGAUUUCUUCCUUCUUAAGGGGAGGCAAUCUGCUUCACUUCAAAACUAAGACGCAUUUCUCGUCAAAAAAGUCUUUUCCAGUGAAAAGGUACUAUUCCUCUACUUGGAGAACCUGGGCUGCGGUUAAUAUACAAUUGGCCUGGAGACGCUAUCAACUAAGUUCCCCACAGUUAAUCCAGGUAGUAGAAAAUGUGGAUAAUGAGAGAAGACUCCGACAUUAUGCUGCCAUUUUCUUGUCACUCAGGCCACACGAUCAUCUAGAGUAGCAUCAAAUGUAUCUAUGGUAACUCAAUUUGUUACUUGCAUAACAAUCGAAGAAGCAUUUUCAGCUGCUAAAGCAUCCUCGAUCUGUAGCCAAUGGCCUAUUUUCAACACCAGUAGGCAACAGGCAGACAGGCAGGCACCUGGAGUCAGUCAUCAAAUACUCAGGUGUUCCAUGGUUGCUUGGAAAAGCUACUAUGCCUGAGACUUUGAAAUUGAGAAAUAAUGGUCAAUUCUUCAAAGAAAGUUGUAUAUGUAUUACUAACAUGUUAGUGAACUGUUCUUGGAAAUGAAAUAUUAUUAUGACCAA